GAAUAUACAUGCUUUGUUUAUUUGGCACUCUAUGGAUAUGAUGCCCCCAUCAAGAAGAAACCCCCUGGGAAAACAUGUAAUUGUUGGCCAAAAUGGUGCUGCUGCUGUUUUGGAUCUAGAAAGAAGAACAAGAAAAAGAAGUCAAAUGAAAAAAAGAUUAAAAACAAGGAGGCUUCAAGUCCGAUACAUGCGCUAGAAAAUAUUGAGGAGGGAAUCGAAGGAAUAGAUAAUGAAAAAUCUUCCCUAUUGCCCCAAAUAAAAUUUGAGAAAAAAUUUGGACAGUCACCAGUUUUCAUGGCUUCAACACUUAUGGAAGAUGGUGGAGUUCCAAAAGGAGCAAGUUCUGCAUCACUCUUGAAGGAAGCAAUCCAUGUCAUUAGCUAUGGUUAUGAAGAUAAAACAGAAUGGGGGAAAGAGGUUGGGUGGAUAUAUGGCUCAGUUACGGAGGAUAUACUAAUAGGAUUCAAAAUGCACUGUCAUGGCUGGCGAUCAGUGUAUUGCAUACCGAAAAUGCCGGCAUUUAAGGGUUCAGCUCCUAUAAACCUCAGACUGGGUCUGCUUAAGGUUUUGGCAGGGGUUGAUACAAACUUCACUGUUACAUCCAAAGCUGCUGAUGACGGGGGUUUUUCUGAGCUCUUACCUCUUUAA